AAAAAGGCCAAUCAGUGUGAAGGGGGCGUGAAUGGAAAAUGGACCGCUGACUGUAUGGAUACAGUUUGUCUUCUGUUGUGUACCGGAUAAAAAAGGACAUGGAAUGUGUUUCACUUACUGCAGGGACUCGGGAAGUGUCCAUUAGAAUGACGCUUCUCACUCUGAUCCUUUUGUCAUCGGUUUUUUCUCUCUGCUCAUGUUUGGAUGCCAACCCAAAGCCAUGCAUGCGAGCAAAGUACAACAACGCUCACGCCACCUUUCUCAAGCGCCAUCUACCUGAUGGCGUGCCGAAAACUUGGGACCAGAACGUGUGGAACGGGCUUCUCAGGCAGAUUAAGACGUGCGGCCGACCCACACAGUCAUUUUUCUACGAGACUGACAGAGAGCGUGUGAAUGCAGUGUGCACCAAGGCUGGUGGAAAACAGCACUCUGGCAACAUGUGCAUCAGCAAGGAGAAGUUCUCCUUUGUGACAGUGCGUGUAAAUGUGGAAGAGGGAUUGUGUGGCAUUAAGAGUAUUCGCAAUGAGACCAAACACAUCAUCCUUGCGUGUGACGAGUUUGCCGACGCGUGUCGUCCUGUUCAUUUUGAGGGGAACCCGGAAAGUCUGACGCCCAAAAAUAACCAACCUAACUGCGGCGAACGCUCAGGGGCAAGCACAGUACUCAAAGCGACUAUGUCCAAAAGCCUUCUAAUCUUCAUUUUUGUAGCUUUGUCUUAUAUUUUGUGAUUUAUGAAACAUCAUAAUGAGACAUGUAAUAGUUAUACACCAGUGUUAAGUUUGGUAUUAAAUUAAGUGUUGUGAUGAUGGAUUAUGAGACUUAGUCAUUCAUUAGUAUUCACUGUGUUGAACUGUAUCUUCUUUCAGUCAAGCAAUGAGUGUGCAACAAUGUAGGAACUGAUUCCAGACUGGUCUCAGUUUAUUUUUGAGGAUUUGUCUGUGCAGCAUUGUACAGUACUGUAUAUACUGUAUGUGUAUUGAGCUGUGUGAUGAAAUAUAAAUUGUAACAUAUUUUUUUCAUUGUUCUACCAAAAAAUGAACAAAUAAAGGGAAUGAAAUUGAAAA